UUAUUUAUGUUAAUAUUACAAAGAAACAAAAAAGUGCUUAUGGAGAAUAGCAUCUUCAUAAAAAUGUAAAGUUUCUUAGUCUGCAGUGUUUAUCAAAAUGCUUAGUUUCUUGUAAAUAUUAUCGUAACAAAAUUAAUUAACAGUGUAUUGCAGUGUCCUGUGCUUGACUUUUGACAAUCAUUAGUGACCUUGAAUUAUAGCAGCUGUCAACUUAACCAACAAGCGAGUGAAAAGAAGCGAGCAAGUCGUAGAAAUGGAAUGAUCAGUUUUGAAUUAUAUAGUUUUCUAAGAUUUUCACGAUGAGGAACGUUAAUCCUCAUCUCUUGGAAGACAAGAUGGACGAGGCGGUGACGCACUACAUCACCCACCAGCCCACUGAAUCUGUUCAUGUAGAUGCAAAUUCUCUGGCGCUGAACAUACAAGAGGAUGAAGGCAACAGAGUUGUGACAGUCAUGCCACAGAACUUCAGUCAGCAAAUGUGCCGGCAAGUAUCAGUGGGGGAGCACGUGGAAGGGUGGGGGGAAGAAAUGCUUGACCCGGAUGGCCGGCUAGCAGCCAUCGUGGCGCAGCUGGCCAAAUCCGGAGCCCCGCAUUACCACCCAUCACAUAAGAUAACUUCAGUGAGGGGUGAUGUGGAGUCCUCAGUUAUGCUAGAUGGCCAAUUGCGGCUUUUCAAUGCGCAAACUUUGGAGCAGCAGGGUGACUCAAUAGUUGUGCAAAUGCCAUCGUUGCCGCCGUUACCGCCGCUGCAGGAGAUGAAGCGGUGCUCCGACGCUGACUGGUUCAACAAAUCCAAGAAUAACAUGAAGACCAACAGCGUGCUACACUCCGAAGGCCAAGUCCUGGAGCUGCCGGACGCGUCUCCGGGCCAGAACCGGCAGCCCAGCAAGAAGAGCCUGCCGCACAAGAAGCGGAUAUCCCGGAAACUAAAACGGAAUACUGGGAACACCACCCCGCAGCAGGACAUAGUAGUUAUCAGCUGCAACGACGAAGUGCAACAAGAAGAGAUACUCCCCGACAACUAUGUAACUCAAGUGCAGCACCAGACGCAUCUCGCGGACGACGCACACAAUAUCACGCACGAGGUCCGGCCAGUGCUAAUAUGCUGCAUAUGCGGGGAAUACUACGGCGAGGAACAGCUGAAGUUCUACCAGCAUCUCAAGCAGCACUACGAGCCUCAUGCCACCAUCAUCAUCGAGAACCCUGUGUCUGACUUAGGAAUUGAUAAGAUGACCAACACCUGCAUAGAGGACAAUGCAGCGAACCUACCAGACUCAAUAGUAGAACUAUCUUUAGAAAACACAGUCCCGAAAACUAUGUACCAAACGAUGGACAAACACAUCCUUUACACAUCCAGCGACAAGACGCUUCAAUACUCUAGCAAGGUGCAAUAUUCCAUGGCAAGUAUGGAUAAAGAGGUGCCGAGUAAUGAAGUGGAGAAAGGGGACUUAUAUGAUACACUGGACAAGUUGGAGAUGUAUAAUUGUAUGAAAUGUAAUAAGACGUUCAGAAAACAGAAGCAGUGUGAGACGCAUAUCAAGGAAGUGCAUGGGAAGCUAGAGGACAUGGGCGAGUUCAGCGAGCCCGAGGACCUGAUGGAGGGCAUCCACGUGGCCGUGGAGGGCGUGGAGCCGGCGGAGGGCGAGCCCUACGAGCAGGCGCUGCUGCCGCACCUCACCGUGGAGAACGGGACCGUGCACCAGGAACACGUCAGGCACUGGUACAUGCGCGGCAACCAGCCGACCGCGUGCGGGCCGGACGCGUACUGCCCGGUGUGCCCGGCGCGGCCGGACCACCACAACGACUCGCAGCUCAAAGAGGAAGUCUUCCAAAGAAUAUUCGACGUAGAAGUGCCGGCAGCUGAAAACUCCAAUUUCGCUGAGAACAUAAUAGCCGACACCGAGAUACCGGAGCCCGAGAAAUCUGACGAAAAGCCCGAGAAAGGCAAGAAGGGGAAGAGCUUCGAGUGUCCGCAAUGCGGGCGCGUGUUCCAGCACAGAAAUAGUCUGCUGUACCACGUGUUAUCGCAUAAGGGAAAGCAACAUGUAUGCCGCGAAUGCAAUAAAGGUUUCUACACGUCGGGCGCGCUGAAGAUCCACAAGCGAGUGCAUAACGGCGACCGGCCCUACAAAUGCGAGGAGUGCGACCGCGAGUUCCGACAGUGGAGCGACCUUAAAUACCACAAGGUGUCGCUACACUCCAAUCAGAAACAUUUCAAGUGCGAAUUCUGCAGCAAAGAAUUCGCUCGCAAAUAUUCGCUGAGCGUCCACCGGCGAAUCCACACGGGCGAGCGCAACUACAAAUGCGAGUAUUGUAACAAAAGCUUCCGCGCCUCCUCCUACCGGCUCUCGCACAUGCGGACUCACACAGGCGACAAACCGUUUAAAUGCUCCACGUGCGGUAAGUGCUUCCGCGUGGCCGGCGACCUGCGGCGCCACGCCCUCACACACGAUAAGCUCACCCGCGACAAACAACCACGCGUCAAGCACGAACCCGACAAAUCACCCAAAAAAGACAAGAAAGACAAAGAACACAAGAAGAAAACACCCGCCAGUGCUGGAAACACCACCAAACUACCCAUCCUCAAAAGCAUCCUGGAUAAAAAAUCACCCAAAUGUAAAAAGAAAAUCGGCGCCCCCAACGUCACGGUCGAUCCCGAAAAAGAACAGUUCAAAAUCAAUAACGAAUUCACUAACAACGUGGAAGUAUUCGACAGUAGAAAUUACAAGUUUAAAGAGAUAUACGUGAGCAAAGAGGAGCAACUGAGACAGUAUGAGUUAGAAGAAAGGUUACCCGAUGAGAGGAAUUUUGCCGUGCUCAAACCUAUGUUCAGACCGAAUGAGGCUAUAGAACCGGAGAAGGUGUAUGACAGGAGUGAGAAUACGGAUGGCAAAAUGGCCGUUUUCACGCAAGUAGAAAAGAAGGAAUAUGGAGGCUCGAUAGUGUCAAAUACGCAGGUCACUCUAGCUGAUAUUAAUAGACAUUUAGAGAGGGAGACGAGGGAAGUAAGAAGCGAAAGUCUGAACGGCGAAGCGAUAGAGAAUGGAAUACUUGAGAGGUUAGCGGCUCUGUACAAUAUACCUGCGGUAUGAGAAAUGUGUGUCCUUCGAACAAAUUUAGUACUUAUCUGAUUGCAUAUGAGCCUCCGAGAUCGAGCAUGGAAUUAUAAGCUAUUUUUCCGACCAACUAUUAUACUUUUCAAGUAGUCCAUAACUAAAAUCGGCAGAAAAAAACGUGAAUUAUGAAGUCUCAGUAUGCAAUAAUCUACAUCUUCUUUAAAUGGGUUUUACCAAAGAGAAUUUGAAAUAUCGGUGCAUUGUCAAAGAAAACUUUGUAGCUACAGUAAAUUUACUGCUAUCUUUCGACACAUGAUUAAAAUUCGCUCGAAACGAUUCCGCUGUACCUUUGGCCUAUGCUCUAUUAGAUGGCGCCACUUUUUGAUAUUUUACAAAUUUAACACAUAUCAGUAAAAGAAUAAGCAUCAAAAUGGAAUGGCGUCCUAAAAGUUUUAAUCAUGUGUCGAAAGAUGGCAGUAAAUUUACUGUGGCUACAUAGUUUACUUUGACAAUCCACCUAUAUUUCAAAUUCUCUUUGGUGUUAUUUACUUAUUUAAAAAUAGUUAAAGCGUAGUCUUUACUGCAAUCUUUUUAGUGUAUUGUAAUAAACACAAAAUAAUAAUGAUAAUAUUCCUUUAAUUAUGCAAUAAUAUAUUGAAGGAAUACGCGAAAAGUGCAAUUGAUAUAGUAAUGAACCACUUGUAUCUGCAUGGAAGGACCAAACUUAGUGAAAUUUACUUUUUUUUAUUUAAGCUUUAUAUUUACUAAAUAAAAUUAUACUAUAGAAAUACGACCCGAUAUGUACCUAUUGUAUUUAAAUGUACAGUUUAAAAGCAUACUACAUAAAUAUAAGUGUUGAUAAUGGUGACAUUUACAUAUAGUGACUACUUUCAAACAAAAGGGAUGCGUCUAUUCUAGAUGCGAAAUAAAUAAAGAACCUUUCCGAAAAUUAUAAUUAUUUUAUAAUUAAACACAUGAUGAUCCUAUUAUAAGCCAUUAUUAUACACUGUAUCAUUAGGUAUUUAAAUAAAAGUAAACAAAAUCUACCCUCAAAUGGCUCCUUAAGCCAGUUGAGGGUAGAUGAAAACAUUACAUGAUCAAAUAAUGUAGGUUAAAGUCAGGUUGUUCAGUGACAGAUCCAGGCGGUUUUGUAUUUGGUUGGUUAAACAGUAAAUGUUAUAACUACACGAAAAUGUACAAAUUGUUUGUUUACUUUUAUUUAAAUACCUAAAGAUACAGAGUAUAGACAUGUGUGUGUGUAAAAAGAAUAUUGCCAAUCUCCAUAGAAAAUUCAAGUCCUGCAAGCUUUUCUGUUCUGUAUGAUAAUAUUAAUACUAUUCCUAAUUUUGUGGUGAUGGCUGAAUGGGAAGUUUUAUAGGUAAAAUUUGUCUUUUGCGGAAAGGUUUUUAAUGUGCAUAUGAAUUUGAUCCCCCUACAAAUGGGCAUUAUAUAAGUGUAAAUUUGAAAUCAAGGGAUCGUUGGUUGAUGUUUAAGUAUUACAAAUAAAAUCUUAAUCAAUAAUAGGGAUUUUGUGUUCCUGCACAUGCAGCGACAAAGUGUAGUAGUGCCAUCGUAAACGUCUAAUCACUAUAAAAAACGUUUGUAAUGGCAUUUUCAUACAAAGUUAGGUUGGACGGAAUCUAGCAAUAAUUUAUUUUUGUUAUGAAAGUAGUAGGCUAAGAGUUAGCCCCGGAAAAUGGUUAGGGAUUCUGAGAGCAAUUAAACCUGCCAAGGAAGUUUGCUGUAUUAUCCUUAUUGCUAGAUCCAGACAUCUGGCAGCUUUUCCUUGGAAUCUACCUGUGACUUCCAGAUGUCAGAGUGACAGACCGUACGUGAAAAGUGCGAUAUUGCCUCAUUCGUCUCUACGAAGGCAAAUCCAAUAUUUUAUCAUUGGAAUACAACAUAGAGCAUUAUUGCGAAAAAAACCGGAGGCGACAGCAAUUAAUAACGAUAGUCGUAAGUUGGCACUUGUUAUACCCCAACAGAAAGACUUGACAAUGUUAUUUCCUAAUUCAAUACGUAUGUACAUACUUCCCUUUAAUACUAAACAGAACCCGGAGCUCUAAUACUUGCAUCAUUCAAGUGUCCUGCAUUCUUUGACCUCCACUGAUGAACACCUGCCAGACGCUCGGGUCUAGUAAUAAUGAUAGUAUAAAAAACUUGUUAUACUUACUCCAUUCCAGAUAGGAUUAGACAGAAGGAGAAGUGGUUUUUUAUAGUGCAAUUUCUACGAUGACAUUCAAUAAGUAUUUCUCAAUUAUACGCUCCAGACCUAGUUCAGUAGGUGUAAAUAAAAUAUCCAAGAUAUAUUUCCACCCUAUUUAUCCACAAACAUUUUAGUUAAACUUUUAGCAACUUUCAAUAUUCUUUGUAAUUGUAGCUUACAAUAAAUUUUCGGCAUAAAACACUUAAGGAGGAAGAUGUCAACAACGAUCAAUGUCAAUAUGUUGUAUUCGUUUUUUUUGUACGUUGGUGGCAAACAAGCAUACGGCCCGCCUGCUGGUAAGCAGUCUCCGUAAUCUAUGGACACCUGCAACUCCAUCUUACAUGCGCGUUGCCGACCCUAACACUCCGCACGUUCGUUAAACUCUGGCAGCCUUACGUUGUAUCGAAAUCGAAGUUUUUUGCUGUACUACACCUUCACAGAAAAUGUUAACAGGAAUGAAGUGUCUGAUUUUGCGAUCUUAGCUUGAUUGAUUAUGUCGUUAUUCGUUAUAACAUCAAGUCUUAAAAAUAAAGCAUAUUGCGAUUGCGAACGCUACGUUUUGCCGCUAGGCGUAUGAAUUUGUUUAUUAUAAACUCAAUUAGACAUGCACAGGUCUAAGGUAUUCAUACUUCAUUAGUCAAAUCAGUUACCAAAAUAAUAAAUCACUUCAGUAAGACUUGUUUCCUUUUCCGAUUACUAGUCUCAAAAACGUUAACCAUAUUUCAGGGCUAGCUCUCCGUCUAUAACAUAGCAUCACACAAUAUACUGUGGGACUGUACACAUACACAUAGCAUAAUAAAAUGACCAAAUUGGUAUUGAUCAAUUGAAGAGUGUAAAUAUUAUGUUUAAUUAAAUUAUGUUUGCUUUUAUAUUUAAAAUAGGUAAUCCGCCAUUAAGCCGUUAAAAAACUUACUAUAUGACUCGCGACUGUUUUUUCAUGCCGUCCCUUUCGUUUGACGUUUUGAGGUAAGAGAUAACGCUGAAAUGAAUCGCAUAGUUAGUAAUUUGUUUCUUAAUAAAACAAUGAGGCAGGUUUGCGAGAAAAUAAAAUGGGGAGUUUUUUUCAAGCAUUGUAAAUAUUUUUACAUAAAUUUUGUUAUCAUCUACCUAUUGUUAAUUUUCUUAUAUAAUUGUGUAAAAAUGACUGAUAGCUGUAUAAAUUAGUUUAUAAAUAAUAAUAUUUAAAUGUCAGCUCUAGUUAAUAGGCACCUACUGUAAUAUAUCUAAUAUGAUAAUCCUAGAAAACGAGACCUUUUAUGUGAUCUUUCCCCGGCUCAAAAAGUUUAAGGAGAUAUACUAUUUUUAAACUACGCACCCCUCCGUAGCACUUACGUUCACAUCUAAAGCAAUUUGUACACCCAACGUAUACAAAUAAAGGUCAUUACUUUUGCCUUUUCCCUUUUGUAAAUUAGUCAAAUAAGUAAUACAGCAUUUCAGUAAAAGCAAGUAUGUAAAACUACAAAAUAAAAUACAAUACAGACAAUCAAUACCUAUAAGUACAUGAAAAAAAAUACAAGUUAAACAUUGGAUUUGGACGACGACGUAACAGCAUCUCUCGCAGCGUUUAUGUGAAAGGGUUAUAUUUAAAUCAAAUAAUUUGCAAAAAAAAAACUUUCUUUUACAAUUUCACGACAAUAAAAAUGCAAGUUGUCUUAAUAAAUAUGUAUUAUUCUAUAACUAUAACUUUUUAAUAUUAUAUUUGACACGUUUUCUGGAAGAAAUACGUACAUAUUUAUAAGAUUUGAUGUAAAAUUAUUAUUUUCAUGAAAAAAUGCGUCCCACCGAAUUUCGUGUGCCGGUAUCUUCUCGGGGCUGUAGGGUUAGAACCGGUGGUAGUUUUUGACAUAAAUGUAUCGUAACAUACAUCAUAAGGGCAUUGUAAUAUGCCUACUUGAAUAAUAAACUACCUUUAUACCUGAAUUGAAGAAUAAAUACUUGCACUUUCACUUAUAUGUGUGUUACGUUUAGAAUUAGUCCAAGAAAUUCUAUGAAAUUAUGACGUUUAAAGUUUGCACAUUCUAUUAGCUUGGUCUAACAAUUACUUUGGACGCAGACGAAGGUUUUCUGGGGACGGACGCGUAGUUUAAAAAUGGUUUAUCUCUGUACUCUGUUCACAUUGAUAGAAAACUGGAUCCUCGCGAAGUUAUCUUUACUAAAAGGUUACUGGUAUAAUAUCAAAUUGUACUAAAAAUUCGAGUAACUAAUUAGUAGGACGACGGAUCGAACAAUGUCUUUCGCACUAGUCCUCAAAAAUCAAAAUGCUAGGGGCUUUACCGUUUUGGAUUGAUUUUUCACGAUUAAUUUUAUAUUAAACACAGAAACGUCUGUAAACGAUAUAAAUAAAUAAAAGAAAAAUGGAAGAAUUCCAUCUCGGGCGAAGUUCGAACUCGCGACUCCGAGAUACCAACCCGCCGCUCUACUAACCGGGCUACCGAUGAUUACUCGGUGACAGCUAGAGCGUGGUGUUGAGCUUAUCAACAGCGAGCUGCGGGCCUACCGCGAAAACAGAAAUUCGCAAAUUGCGGGGAUCUUUCUCUUUUACUCCAAUGAAAGCGUAAUUAGAGUGACAGAGAAAAAUUCCCGCAAUUUGUGAACUUCGAUUUUCGAGGUUAUAGCCCUAGUAUCCCGGAGUCGCGAGUUCGUAACCCACCCGGGACCAUUUUUGUUCUUUUUUCCUUUGUUUCGAAGCAUUUUCACGACGUAUAAAAUUACUGUUGAAAACCAUGUGAUAGCAUUAGACUGGGUCUUUUCUUUCUUUCUUUCUAUGUAAAAGGUUAUUAUAUAGGUAAAUUCCCAGGCGUGAAUAAUUUAUGUACCUUACCCACUAAAACUUGAAAACUGUAUUAUACUAUUGUACAUUUUUGUAAUUUAUAUGUAAUAUUAGGUACAAAAAGAAUAAACAGGAUUUCUAUUA